GUCAUCGGUUCUCGAAGUGAAAAUUUUUUAAUCAUCAUUCAGAAGUGCAGCAAAUUUCGGUGAAUUUUUGUGUUUGUACGUAUAUUUGAUGGUUUGAACAUAAUAAAUUCGGUACAUCUUACGAUGGAAGCUGUUCCCCGGAUGCCCAUGGUCAGUUUCGAGCUGAAGGUUAGCCCGGAAUCGACCACUUUUGGACCGCUGAAACAGUACAUUGCUGAAUACUAUCAUGAGGAUCCGGACUCAUACUCUAAGGAGUGUUAUCAGCUGGAGCAACUGCGAGGGAAUGCUGUUCGACCGUCGCAAGACGUCGAUGGAACGACGGUGAUAAAACGAUACUAUUGUCAGUUGCAUUCGAUUCAGAAUCGUUUCCUGCUGAACCAGAUUCCGGAUAGCCAUCAGAUGUUGAGUUUUACCUGGCGCGAUUUGUACAACGGUUCAACCUUGCAAAAGAGCAAUGUAAAGUUUGAAAUGGCCGUAGUUUUGCAUAAUUACGGUGCGUUGCAUACGCAGUUGGGCGCGGCGGAGGGUCGUGCUGAUCCUGAGAGUAUGAAGAAAGCAUGUACGCAUUUCCAGUGUGCGGCUUGGGCCUUCGGCUACAUUAAGGACAAUUACGCGUUGCUGCUGCAAGGUGACUUGUCUACGGAGUUGCUGAUAUUCAUGCAAGCACUUUGUUUCGCCCAAGCGCAAGAGUGUAUCAUGGAAAAGAGUCUUUGCGAUAACAGAAAGUCUGGGAUAAUUGCAAAAGUAACGGCUCAAAUAGUGAUAUAUUACAAUUCGGCUUUAGCAGCCUUAUUGACACAAAAUGGAGAGGAUGGGCGCAUCCAGGAUAUUGUUGGCAGUAAGCAAUUUAAAGAAUGGAGAAAGUAUGUGAAAUUCAAGAUAUCAUACUUGUCCUGCAUUCUGCUGUUGUAUCAAGGACAGCAGUCUGAAGAGCAGCAAAAGAUGGGCGAAAGAGUUGUGCUUUAUCAGACCUCGUUUGAUAAGCUGGAAGAAGCGAGGAAAGAAUCGAAAGGGCUUUCAAAUAUCGAUCAAGUGAACGAAGCACUCCAAUUCACUAUGGACGUGGUUGAGGCGAAGCGCAAGUCGGCUAAAAAUGAAAACGAAUUUAUCUAUCAUGAAGAGGUGCCGGAGUUGAGUUUUAUUUCAGCGGUACAAGGAGCCAAUCUGGUUCACGGAAUUGCGUUCAAUGUGACGGACGCGGAUGCUAUUGGAGAAGACAUAUUCCAUCGGCUGGUGCCCAUGAAAGCGCAUGAAAGUAGUUCGGUUUAUAGCGAGGAAAAGGCGACUCUCCUAAGAACUAUUGGGACAAGAGUCGAAGACAAGGAUAAUGAGCUGGCCUCGUUUAUGAAUUCAUUGAAUUUGGAUGCAAUUAACGCACAGAACCCGAACAGCUUCAAUGAAACUCGCUUACCGCAAGGGUUGGUCGACCGUUGUGCCGAGUUAAAUGCCAAACCGAGUGCGAUUCCGGAACUGGUCCAGUCAAUGUCCAACUUGGCGGAGACUUGUUCCGAGGUGGAGCUGAUGCUGAAGGAAAUAAGCCACAUGCUGAAGCAAGAUGAAAUUCAGGAGGAUAGCUAUCAGCAAAAGAUUGGUCAACGGUCGAACGGUGGAGGUCACAUAGCCGAACUCAACAGAGAAUUUGCAAAGUAUCAGGAGGCGCAUAACAAGGCAGGCGAGAGCAAUGAUACUUUGCGGAAGGCAAUGGGUUUGCAUGUUUCCAAUUUGAAAAUUCUGGCGAAACCGCUGGAGGAUAUAAAACAGCAGAUUCCUUCCAGUGGCGAUCAGUUCGAUGAAGGAACAUUGAAGGAGCUGCAAGGGAUUUUGAGUAAGGUGAAUGAAAUGAAGAAACAACGUGCAAAGCUGUACCAAGACCUACGUGACAACGUAACCAACGACGACAUUACAUCCCAACUGAUAGCUUUGGAAGGAGGGUCUGAUAGUAAGAAACGCAUGCAAGAGUUGUUCAAGAAAGAACUUGCCAAGCACGACCAAUUGGUUGCUCUCUUGGAUGCCAAUCUGAAAGCUCAAGCCAACAUUUUGAAGGCGCUGACAGACAUUUACGCUCGCUGCGCUCCAGUUAUCAAAUCGAUCAGUGAAGCCAAGAAUAAGCGAGAACAGUUUUUCUCAUCGCUUCAGGGAUCCUAUGAUGUGUAUGAGGACUUACUUUCCAAAAGCGCUAAAGGGUUGGAGUUUUAUAAAAAAUUACAAGCAAAUGUUCAGAAGUUGUAUUCAAGAGUUAAGGCGGCUUGCGAUGUUCAGGACGAAGAACGCAAUCAAAAGCUCAAGUCUAGUAACCUUGCAAAAAAGGCUGAGUCCGCUCGGGAAAGUCCCAAGCCUAGCGGUGGGCCUAAAUUAAAGGAUUAUCUGAAGUCAGGAAACAUUAGUUUGGGAUCUAUCAAGGCUGCCGGUGUUGACACCAAUUCAGCGGUUUACAUCCCACCCGUGAGACCUACACCAGUGGGAUCUGAAAGUACUGCUCCGGUUUCAAGUGCCGUCCCCGGUACAUCUGGUUACUAUCAGGACUCCUAUGCAAACUAUAAUUAUUAUUCCCCUGCAAAUAACGUUCCAACAUCUUCGACUACAGAUUACACACAGUACUAUCAGCAACAACAGCAAAUGUACGCUGGUCAGGCAAUGCCUGCUGCAACAUUCCAAUCGAACACAAUACCUUCAACGCAGGCACAACCUCAUUCCACCGGUUACGUGAAUCCAAUCUAUCAGAAUCCAAUGCCCGCAUAUUACAAUAAUCAGUACCCAGCAUCCCAACCUUCGCCAGCACUGUCAACUAGCUCCAGUGAGGUCGGGUCAACUCAACAGUGGAAUCAAACGACGCAACAGUUCGGUGCAAUGAAUCUGCAGCCACCAAGUUAUCAACCGAACCCAAGUUUUCAAACGCCAUCGGUCGAUCCAAACGCUGCUGCCACCUCGGUUUAUGCUCAAGUUCAAAGCUAUCAAACCGACAAUAGCUCCGCAAGUUCACCGUACAACGUUUACGGCCAAACGACUGGUACAAAUCAAGCGACUACCGGUCAUUACUAUCAGCAACAGACGCAAACACCUCAACCGUACAUUCAACCGACGCAACCCACUAAUCAAGAAGUACAGAAAGUAAAUCCCGAUCCCACUAGUUCCUAUUCGGCCUAUCCUGGUUACACAUACAACACUCAAACAGGAAAUUAUGAUUACACUGGUUCAACCCAACAACAGACAUCCUACGCGGGACAGUACAACUCAGUAACUGCUGCUACUACUACUACCGCCUCAUCAUCCACCACCACCAACUACUACCCAACCCAACCUUCCCCUUACGACUACAGCAGCAGUCAACAGCAGCCAUCUCAAGCAUCGACCUACCCGAGCCCGUACAGUAACACACUUCCCAGUCAACCUACUCCAACUCCCAACCCAACCGCCACAAUGGAAUCCACCGUUCCCACGGUCGGAGCCUAUCCAUAUGGGACCAGCACAGCGGCUACCACCGGCUACGAUUAUAAUCAACAACUCCAGCAACCGCAGAUCGUACCACCCUCUGAUAUCAACAAUACCCAACAGCCGCAACUCCAGCCGCAGUACUAUUCCCAAGAUCAAACGCAGAAUCAGUACUAUGGAAAUGGAGGCUAUGGCUAUCAAAAUACACAACCUACUAAUACGCAAUAUCAACAGCCUGCAUCUACGAACACGACUCCUGCUAAUCAGUAUUCGAACUACAGCAUUCCGUCUCAAAGUGCGCCUCAAACAACCGCCGCUUACGACUAUGGAGCUCAUCCGAUCUCAACACCCACCGAUUCAAUACAACAUGCAAACUAUCAGCACCCACCAUCCGUUCAACAAACUUCCGUUGACCAACCAACUGUUGCAGUGCCUACACAAUCUCAACCCCAAGCACCAUCACAACCUCCCGCAGCUCCCAUCACCAAAACUUCAUCCAACCUUGAUUUACUAUCCGGAAUUGACUUCACACCCGCCCCAGUAGAAGCUCCCGUCCUACAGCCCCAGACUUCGAUCGCUGCUGCCGAUGAAGACAUAAAAAGCGAAAUCCUCACACCCACCAAAUCAGGACCAUCUCCCGCGGUGGUCCUCCCCUCAGAUCCGACUGAUCCACCCGCCACGAUCGAUCGCAAACCCAGCGUCGACAAUCUGUCGAUCUGCUCGGACCUGAGCUCCAUCGAUCAGAACUUCGAUUGGGAAAGUGCAUCCCUGAGGGCGGUACGUGCCGUAUCUCUGCCGGAGCCACCAACGACAGUGCCGACGUUGAGCUCCCGAACACACAGUCGCGUUAACAGUAUGGUCGAUAGUACCAUUGUGACGGUACAGUCUGUACGAGACCCGUUCGAAGAUCAGGCCACGCUGAAGUGGUUCCACAAAGAGGUUGAACGGCUGGAAAAGUUCAUCGACAGUUUGAAUGUGAAGACACUGAACGGAACCACACCCCUGGAUGGCAAAUGGAAGGAAUUGCAGGAUCUGCUGGUAAAGGAAGAAUCCAAAAGACAAAUGAGCAUAGCGCGACUUUUCCCAGAGAAAAAUCGUUCAAUUGAUUGCGUGCCCUACGACCAUGCUCGCGUAACGCUACCGACUGCCACGGACAAUUAUAUCAAUGCUGUUUUUGUGAAGGACCUUGGAUUCGGUUGUCCUCAAAUGAUUCUGGCGCAAACUCCCAUGCAGAACACUGUCAAUGACUUUUGGAACAUGACUUGGUCACAAAAAGCCAACAUCGUGGUUUGCCUUCACACUCCUGCCGAGAUUCUCGAUACGUUCUGGCCAACGGAACUAAACCAGGAGCUCAACUAUGGCGACUUUUCUGCCACACUAAUCAAACAGUUCGAUCUGACGCACUGCAUCGAGCGUUCGCUCCGGGUGACGAUGCUCGGUUCGGACAUCAUCCACAGCGUCACACUGCUACAGAAUAAACUCUGGCCUAAACAAUCAGCUGAAUAUAUUCUAGGAAUUGCUGGCAACGUGAUCGCGGCCCACCGGCAACAGAAUCAGGAACCGAAACAGUUCAAGCCAUUGAUUGUGAACUGCUUGAAUGGUUCGGAUAGAUCGAGCUUGUUGGCAGUGGCUGUUACGGCCAUCUUGGCUACACAAAUCAAGAAACCGAUUCUAAUAAAUGUUGUGGACAUUUGGUAUCGUAUAUGCUGUCAGAGAAAAGGAGCUCUUCGUGAUCCCAAUCAUAUGCAGCUGUCCUAUCAAAUUGUAUUGAAUAACGGAUACAGUAUUCUCAAUAAACGAGGAAUAAUGACGUCGUAUCAAAUGAAAACGGUACAGGCCACAGCUAUCGCCGAGAAAGAGGAAGCGAUAAAUGACCCAUUUAAAGAUUUGGAUCCUCUUUGGAAGUUGAAAUAAUUUUUGAAAUUGUUUCUGUUUUAUAUACACUGACUUGAGUUUAUAUUGCUUCAAAAAGUAAUUUUUUUAAGACCUGCAUGCCGAAAUUCGAGUUAGAAUUUAUAGAAUUUAUGUGUAGAAACCACUGCUAGUUUAUAUAUUCUCAAAAUUAUAUUAUUUAUUAUCUAGAGCUGAUUAUAUAAAUACCACCAUUGUAUCCUU